AUGGUCCAGCUGAUUGGCUUCGCCUUGCUAGGGCUCUAUACUCUCGCUCUCUGCGAACUAAACCCUCCAUACUAUGCCGAUUUGACGUGGCAGCCGGCUCGCACACUGUCUAACUGGUCAAAUCUCACCGUUCAAACCCGCACGGGAUCUUUUGUUGGCAUGUUGAAUGACACGUACCCCAAUGUCCGGCAGUUCCUACGUGUUCCUUUUGCCCAGCCUCCUGUUGGUGAUCUCCGGUGGCUCCCCCCUCAUCGGUUGCCCGACUCCUCGAAAAAAAUCGAUUCGACCAGAUACGGCCCGGCAUGUCCGCAAUACGUUGCCUCAAGCGAUGGCAUGUGGUCCGAGUACGAGCCAACAAGUCUCUUGCUCAAUGUAGGCGAAGCCGAUAAUCAGGGUUCAACAGCCUGGUCUUCAGCUGAGGACUGUCUGUCGCUGGCCAUCUGGACCCCAUCCAACGCCAAUAAAUCCUCGAAACUUCCCGUUGCACUAUUCGUCACUGGCGGUGGCGGAGUUACUGGUGGCAUCGAGGUUCCGUCCCAGCUUCCGUCGCAUUGGGUAUCCCGCUCUCAGGAGCACAUUGUGGUCACAAUCAACUAUAGGUUGAAUAUCUUCGGAAAUCCCAAGUCGAAAGCCCUCAAGGAGAGCUCACUAACCCUGUUGGAUGUUCGCGCUGCUGUGGAAUGGGUAUCGGAGAAUAUCGAGGCUUUUGGGGGUGAUCCCGAAAACAUUAUGCUAUGGGGCCAAUCUCAAGGUGCCGCGUUGACCCACUUAUACACCCUCGCUUUCCCAAACAACCCGCUCGCUGCCAAGUUCGGCAUCAUAUCCCAGCCGCCUACAGUGACCAUCAACAUGACUGAGACAGAUGACGUCUAUGAAGACUUUCAUAUUGUGGCCCAAGGACUUGGCUGUAACUACGGGGACGACGCGGAUGCAGAGGUUGAGUGUAUGCGCCAGAUUUCUUGGGUCCAAAUCGAGGAGUACAUAAAUCGGUAUAAUGGCACUACUUCGUUGGCAUUCACUAACUAUAUCCCGGAUGAGAAAUACAUAUUUUCAAACGAGACUGCGCGAUAUCUUGCCGGCAAGGUAGCCCGAGGACCCGCUAUCCGGUCGGACGCAUCUAGGGAGCAGGCCAACGCAGAUGAAUCUGUCACUAUGGAGGUUGAGGGCGAAUGGAUUUGCACUGCUUAUGAAGAUUCAAUAUUGCGUGCUUCCUUGGGGCUAGAGACAUAUCGAUACUUGUGGGCGGGGAACUUUUCCAAUAUUAGUCCAGUGUCUUACCUUGGAGCCUUCCAUUGGUCCGACCUCUUGAUGAUCUUUGGUACCUACAUGACGGAUGCCGGUGAUAUUUCGGAGCUAGAAGUCAUGACUUCUGAAACGAUGCAGGACUACAUUCUGGCUUUUCUCAAAGAUUCAUCAACGGUUAGUUCCGCGGUAGGGUGGCCGGCUUUUCAUGCUGGUGCACCACAUGGCGGGCUUGUCUUGGAAUUCGGCAAUCAAACCACUGUGAAGAACAUCACGGGCGAAUUUCUCGAGGCCGGCUGUUGGAAUUCAUCCAUAGCCUUUCCAAUUUAUGAGCCUAGGAAAAGAUCAGCAAGGUCAUGGUCGGCAUAG